AUGUCCAGCUACGAAAUCCUUCCCCAAGAGAUCCUCACUGACAUACUCUCUCGACUACCUGUCAAAUCCCUUUGCCGAUUCAAGUCUGUUUCUCCCUCCUGGAAUUCCCUAAUCUCCGGCUCCGAAUUUGUCAAAGCCCACCUCAAUCGACCCAAGAAAACCAACUAUGACGAGCAGAAAAUAAUUAUCAUCACUUCCAGUUCCACCGCUUACAACCUCCACUCUAUCGAUUUCGCUGGCGUAAAUCUGACGAUCGUGACUGUUGAUUUACCUGAAAGUAGUUCCGAAAUCAAGGUCUUGAGCUCCUGCGAGGGUCUGCUUCUAGUCAACCGUUACGACGAUUCCAACUUCUUGUUGAAUCCAUCCACUAGAGAAUGUAAAGAACUGCCCCCAUUUCCUUUUGCGCUCCCGCGGGUUCGUUUGUACUCGGCUAACGUUUAUGGGGUUGGUUACGAUUCCUUUACGGAUGAUUACAAGGUCGUGAUAUUCUCUUACUUUCGUACUCUAUCUUCAGCUGAGCGUGAUACUAUCAUUGUAGCUGUCUAUUCACUGAAAACUAAUGCUUGGAGGAGAAUUCAAGAUUCCCAUGAUUAUGUCCUUCAGAAAACCUCUGGUGGGGUUUUCGUUAAUGGGCGUCUCCAUUUCGUUUGCUGGAGGAAUGAAUCCUGUGUGAUUGUUGCCUUCAAUUUGUCGGAAGAGAGUUUCAGGGAGUUGUAG